CAGCAGAAGAAGCCGCAGCUUCAGAGGCAGCCAGAGAGACCUCGGAGCAGAGAAGGCGCUGCCGACCCUCGCAGCUGCCUGACCGGCGGCUCCUACAAAGGCGGGCUAGCCACCCGCCCUCUCCCUUUCCUUCCUCCCCUUCUUUUCUGACUUUCCCUCUUUUCCUUAAUCGCUUGCUUCUUCCUCCGGGUGGACUUACGGCCACUUUGCUCCUCCGCCCUUUACCUCAUCGCCCCCUCUUUCUUUCUUCUUUCUCUCUCUCUUCGCCCCCUUCUCUCCGUGUCACGCUCCCUCCUAGUUCUGCGCGUCUACAAACUUUUGAACAGAACACGAGCCUCGGCAAACAAGUCCUGCAGCUCCUCCUGCUGCUCCUGCUCGUUCCUGCGGCUUCUGCUCAGACACCAACGCCAGACAGUGAUGCCUCUCGGGUUGUGACUCCAGCGCAGAAACUUGAAGAAGCCCUUUGCCCGCCGUCCUACUUGGCAGCACACCCUCUCCUGACAGCGGUAAGAGUUGAAGGAAUGACCAUGUGUAGCGGAGCGAGGCUGGCCCUGCUGGUCUAUGGGAUAAUCAUGCAUAGCAGCGUCUACAGCUCACCUGCCGCCGCCGGACUCCGGUUCCCCGGGAUCAGGCCAGAGGACGAGGCGUACGACGAGGACGGAAACCCGCUGCAAGACUUCUAUGACUUGGAGUCGCCGGGCGCAGGGAGCCCCGCCUCCGCGCUGCGCGACGCCUCCGCAUUGUACUACCCGGCUGAGAGAAGAGAUGUCGCCCACGGGAUCCUUAACAAGGCCUACCGCAAAGUGCUGGACCAGCUGUCCGCCAGGAAGUACCUGCAGUCGCUCGUGGCCAAGGGCGUGGGUGGGAGCCUAGGCGGCGGCGCGGAGGACGACGCGGAGCCGCUCUCCAAGCGCCACUCGGACGGAAUCUUCACGGACAGCUACAGCCGCUACCGGAAACAAAUGGCUGUCAAGAAAUACUUGGCGGCUGUCCUAGGGAAAAGGUAUAAACAAAGGGUUAAAAACAAAGGACGCCGAAUAGCUUAUUUGUAGCGAUGAGUUACCAGCUACCCUGUGUAUACAGCCCUGACGCAAUGAAAAGUCGUUUUCCAAACUGACUGAACAGUCAUCGCUCGUGUGUUCUAUCCAAACAUGUAUUUAUGUAAUGAAGUAAAGCCAUUAAAUGAAUAUUUUGAUAAUAAUAUUGUUUUUCUUUUUACAAAGCACUAGAGAAUGCACAGAUAUACUUUGUGGACCAAUUAUUGAUAUAUAUUAUAAAUAUAUAUAAAGAAUAUAUAUAUAAAAGUAUAGAGAGAAGUUCAUACAAAGCGUGCACAAGGAUUGAAAAUUCGCCCGAGCUGUUUAUGUUUUUAUAAAAAUAAAUAGAAAAGUAGACAAUCAUUGUUUUGAAUAUUACUCCUAUUUUUGUAAACUGGAAUUAAAAGGAUAGUAUUUUUAUCCAUGACAGGCCUGAAGAUAUUACUACUUACCAUUUGCUACUGUACAUAAACAAUGAUGCCCUGCUCCAGGGAGAUUUUGAGGUAAAGAUAUGGAGAAUUGCUGAAGGGCAUUCUUUCCCAGUGAGUCUCUGGGGCAGGCUGCUUCAAUCCCAGCCUAACUCAACUGGGCACUGUCCCCCUGGUUGGGUGGCAAUUCCAAUAUUUCUGCUUUCUUUGAUUCUCCUUUUAUGUGUAGUUGUCUCUCUUCAGACUCUCAGCCCAGAAGAAAAUUCUCCUGAUAAAACAACAGCUCGAUCCAAAUUGUGCUUCUCCCCAGAAUUCACGCCUCUCCCUAGGAGAAGAGUUGAGGAACUGUACAGAAAAGGGCGGCUUCGUUAGACCGCUCUCUUUUCUGUACUUCCUGAGUGGCCAGGGAAUCUAAUAUCCCCAAAUUAGGGCAAUUGGAACAAAGUGAAGGACAUAGAGGUAUAUUGGAAGAGGCAGAGCCUGAGGUGGUAGGAGGAGGACCCUGGAAAUGGACUGGUUUGAGAUUGCCCCAGGUCUGGGAAGCUGAGGGCAAGUCCAGUCCCAAUGGUCCUGACUUUGGGCGCUGGGUAUUGGAAAUGGAUGCAAAGUACAAUGUGUUUUUCUCCAGUGCUGUCCAUGCUUCUCAUCUUGUGAAAUGGCCAGGAUCCUCUCCUUUGAAACCUGCUCUGUAGGAGCUACCCUUUUCCUUUGUGGUUUUAUGGAGACCUCUCCUUCCUACCCUCCUGCACUGUUUAAAUACUGUUUACCAUUUUUCAUUCACUUCUCUUAAACUUGUGAAUGCUUCUCACUUUUUUUUUGUUUGAUGCAGGCACUUAUUGUAAAUUUUAGAAACCCCUCUGUAGCCACUAAUAAGUAAUUAUGCACUAAAUAUGAACCCUUUGUUUCUUGUUUAUUGAGUUUGUAGGUAAAAUGUAUUUUUCUACAUUAUUGCUUAUUGCUUAGUAAAAUUUAUUUCAUAAAA